AUGUAUUCCUACGAGAAAGUCAACCGUGACGACGACAGCGACCAGGGGCUUCUGGCUGAGGACUCGGAGAGAGUCGCACCUCAGCCCAGAGUCUCUAGGUUCCCUAGCUGGACGAACGCCUUGCUGCUCUUGGGGCUCUUGUUUUCGCUAUCGCUGAACGUGGGAUGGUUUGUGUUCCAGAAGGGCCACAAUGUUCCCAUCCAGGACUUGGAUCCUGAUGCGGCCAUGGCAAAACAGCGUUCUCCUUACACCGGUCUCGCAUGGGAUACUCACAAGCCUUACUCCCACCACUCCGAGUAUACUAGCGAGAACGCGACCCAUGCGGAUGAGAUGUGGGAGAGCCUGAGCAUGGACCCCAUGGUUAUUGCUCCUACUUGGGAAUGGGCUCAGAGCAAGGGGCUGUCGGAUUCUUGGGCUUUCCCUUGGGAUUCGAACCGGAGGAUCUACUUCAUCAAGGUGUUCCAUCAACUCCACUGUCUGAAACUCAUGCGCCACUCGUACCAUGAGCUUUGGUCCGGACAAGAGAGCUCGAUCCCCGCUCCUCAUAUCGAACACUGCCUCGAUUCCCUGCGACAGGAUCUGAUGUGCAAGGCCGAUGAUACCCCCAUGCCAUCUCUUCAGCUGUUGAAUGGUGGUGGAGAAGGACAACAAAUGCAAUGCAAGGACUUCGAUAAGCUGGUAGCCUGGUCGAAGGCACCGGAACGCAAUGCUUGCUACAAGCGACUGACCGACUACAAGCCGAUCGUCCAUAGCAUUGAGCGCUAUGCCUUCUGUCCUGAGGAUAGUGAGCACUACCCGACGAUGAGCAAGUAUUUCGAGGAACACGGACAUUAUGCCGAUCCUUUUUCGGAAUAG